CCUCACAAAAACCCCCCAACCUCUCUCUCCCACACUCUCAUACUUCCGCCAUGGAAGCUCUGUCAAAACCUCCUCAAAUUCCUUCUCCCCAAUUCGAACCAGACACCGAGAGAAUCAAACGAAACCUUCUCAAAAAGGGCGUGGACCCAACCCCGAAGAUUGUCCACACCCUCCGCAAGAAAGAAUUCCAAAAACACAACCGCAAAGCGAAGCGCCUCGCCUACAACCAAUCCCUGACGGAGUCUCAGAAACAGGCACUCGCCGAGCAAUCGCACUUCCAAACCCUGAGGCGCGAGUACAAGGACUUCAACAGAGCGGUGAAUUCGAGACCGAUGAUGGUCGGCAGACCCUGGGAGAGCCUCGAGAGCGUCGAGGUUGCGAAAUUGAGCGCCGAGUACAGCGGAGAGAAGCUGAAGAGAGAGGAAUUUUUGGAAUUGGGGCAAAUGUUCGAGUCGCGGAAGCGCGACGAGUUGCGGUGGGCUUUGGACGACGACGUCGAGGUCAAGGAGGAGUGGUUGGACGGUGAGAAGACGCGGUGGGACCCGUCGAACCGGAGGCGGAGCGAGGUCGAGGUGAUUCGAUUUCUCGUUGAUAGGCUUUGUGGAACGAAGCUCGGAAGGAGGGACUGGAAGCUUCGGAGGAUAAUGAAGCAAUCAGGAUUGGAGUUCACAGAGGGACAGGUGCUUAGGAUUGUUGAAGGGCUUGGUGCCAAGGGAUGUUGGAAACAAGCAGUGUCUGUUGUUGAGUGGUUGUAUGAUGAUAAUAAGGAAACGAGACAACAUAAAAGCAGGUUUGUUUACACGAAACUGUUGUCGAUUCUUGGAAAAGCAAGGAGGCCGGAGGAAGCUCUUAAUGUUUUCAACACGAUGCGUGGAGAUUGCUAUAUAUAUCCUGAUAUGGCUGCAUAUCGUAGCAUUGCUGUUACACUUGGUCAAGCUGGUCGCGUGAAAGAAUUGCUGAAAAUCAUGGAGUCCAUGAGACAGAAGCCUUCUAAAAGAACUAAAAACAUGCACAUUAAGAACUGGAACCCUGUUCUUGAACCCGAUAUUGUUGUAUAUAAUGCUGUACUGAAUGCUUGUGUUUCAUCCCAUCAGUGGAAGGGGGUGUCUUGGAUUUUCAAGCAGUUAAGAGAAAAAGGUUUAAAACCUAAUGGGGCUACUUAUGGACUUGCUAUGGAGGUAAUGCUACAAUCUGGAAAGUAUGACCUUGUCCACGAGUACUUCAGAAAAAUGAGAAAAAGUGGGGAAACGCCAAAAGCUCUUACCUAUAAAGUUCUUGUCAGAGCUUUCUGGGGUGAAGGAAAGGUGAAUGAAGCUGUUGAAGUAGUCCGGGAUAUGGAACAAAGGGGAGUGGUUGGUGCAAGCAGUGUGUACUACGAGUUAGCUUGUUGCCUCUGCAGCAAUAGAAGGUGGGAGGACGCAAUGUUAGAGGUUGAGAAGAUGAAGAAGCUGUCUAAUAGUAGACCUUUGGAGGUUGCCUUCACUGGCAUGAUAAUGUCUUCUAUGCAGGGUGGACAUAUCAGUGAUUGCAUAUCUAUUUUUGAACACAUGAAAACUCAUUGUUCCCCCAACAUUGGGACCUUGAAUAUCAUGCUGAAAGUUUAUGGUCGUAAUGAUAUGUUUUCUAAGGCUAAAGAGUUGUUUGAAGAGAUAAAGAAAAGGAAUUCUGAUUCUUGCUCUUCCUUCGAUGGUGGUGAUACUUUCCUCAUCCCAGAUGAAUACACAUACAAUGCAAUGCUUGAGGCAUCUGCUAGCGCUCUGCAAUGGGAAUACUUCGAGUAUGUGUACAAAGAGAUGGUUCUCUCUGGAUAUCAACUUGAUCAGAAUAAGCACGCCUCUCUACUUCCGGAAGCAUCUAGAGCUGGGAAGUGGCAUUUGCUGGAGCAUGCAUUUGAUGCAAUCUUAGAAGCUGGAGAGAUUCCUAAUUCUCAGUACUUCACUGAAAUGGUGCUCCAAGCUACAGCCCGGCACGAUUACGACCGAGCUGUUACUCUGGUUAAUGCAGCGGCUUUAGCCCCCUUUCAAGUCACUGAAGAGCAGUGGAAAGAUUUCUUUGAAAAGAAUAGAGAAAGAAUUAGCCAGGAUAACUUAGAGAAACUGUUGCGUUCUCUAGAUAACUGCAAUGUAAAAUCAGAAGCCACGGUCGUAAACUUAUCAAGAGCAUUGCGCGGACUAUCUGACCUAUCUGAAUCUGGGGCAUCAAGAGACUUCUCAAGUUCCAUUGCUUUUGGCAGCAGAGAAGCAACUAUGCCCCGUCAUUCUGAAGAAUCAAUUGACGAUGACACUGACUCUGACAAGGAUCCUCUUCUUGAUAGUAGUGAUGUUUCAUUCAGUGUAUCUUCUGUUGUUCAGGCUAGCUCAAGCACCGAUAUUAUCGGUACAGAGAUGGUCUCUGGCUCAUUGAACGACCGUUUCCAUUAUGAAGAGACAAACUUACCUACCAGAAAAUUCGGUUUUGUGGAAGAUGAAGUCACUGAUGACUUGAGUGAUCCUUUACACGGUAAGCUCUCAAGAAUUAGUCUAAUUGAAAACUGUGCGGACGUUGAUGAGAUGGAACUCGAGACACUCGUAGAUGGCAUCGAUGAUUUUGAAGAAUCGAAUUUGCCCUCAGCAUAUGAAGUAUUGGAAGCUUGGAAGGAAAGGAGGAAAAAGGACGGGAUGUUGUUCUCAUUUCAACUCGGCCAAAUGUAAGCCUAGUUUCCUCUCAAGGUGAACGUUGAGAAGAAAUUGACAAGGGAAAAAGUAGUAUUGUAAAUUAAAUCGUGUAUAUAUAUGCAUAACAAUGAAAUCUUAUCUAAAGAUCAUAUAGAAAGGGAAAAAUGAAA